AUGGCUGGCUUCAACCGACCAAUGAGCUUUUCUGAGAGGAGAGGAAGUUUGCUAAGUGAAGAGUUGACACUCAAUACAAACAACUCGCUACUACACCAGAGAGUCGAGAAACUGCCGCAGCAGAGUCGCCAGAUGAGAGGGCCGCCUACGCCUAACAUGCCAACGCCGGCAGCUGAUUUCGAUAACCAACUGACGGGAUCGGCUCCCGAUCCGCCAACUCCAGCCGCGUCUCCUGGGCCUGCGCACUGCCAACCGGACUGGAGCAAUGCUGCCGAUGACGAAGACUUCUUCCUGGCCAAGGUCCGACAGCAUUUUCAGAAUUCUUCCGGGCCUCAGCGGACUAGAAUUCUGGCUGAUUUGUUGAACCUCUGCACGAGCCAACAGCUUAGCUUUGUUCACCAAUUUGUCAGCCCGUUGUUGAAGAAGGACCCUUUUACCAGUCUUCCAGACGAGCUAUGUUUACGGAUAUUGUCAUUCAUUGACGAUCCCAAAGUCCUAGCCCGAUCGUCGCAAGUCUCAAAGCGUUGGCGAGAUCUCCUGAGUGAUGACAUGACGUGGAAGAACCUUUGCGAGAAGCACGAUUAUGGACGCCGAAUGUCCGAGGUCUCGCCCUCGGCGCCAAUCAUGACGACGCGAUCCUCGGCCUACGCUGUAGAUGUCGAUAGCGAAAUGUCCAGUAGUUUCCCGGGAGCCUUCCCCUUUACCUCGCACGCCUCUAGUUCGAUGAGUUUCGAGAGCAGGAGGCCCAAGAUACGUUCAUACAAAUCUCACUUCAAGCAGAGAUACCUGGUGGAAGCGGCUUGGAGAUCUGGCGGCACAAGCAUCAGCCGCAACAUCACACAGGAAGGAGGCGUGGUUACCAGUUUGCAUUUGACGCAAAAGUACAUUAUUGUCGCACUCGACAAUGCCAAAAUUCACGUUUUCGACACAGAUGGCAACUCCAUGAGGACUUUACAGGGUCAUGUUAUGGGAGUCUGGGCCAUGGUGCCCUGGGGGGACACCAUGGUCAGCGGCGGGUGCGAUCGCGAUGUGCGCGUGUGGGACUUGAAGACUGGUGCCUGUUUACACACAUUGCGAGGCCACACAUCGACCGUUCGAUGCCUGAAGAUGGCCGAUGCUAAUACCGCCAUUUCUGGUUCUCGAGAUACAACGCUGCGCAUCUGGGAUAUCCGCACCGGUCUAUGCAAGAACGUCCUUGUCGGACACCAGUCAAGUGUACGGUGCCUAGAGAUCAAGGGCGACAUUGUAGUAUCUGGAAGCUACGAUACAGAAUGCCUUGCUAUUCUCCAGGGCCAUACAUCUCUUGUCGGGCAGCUGCAGAUGAGAGGCGAUACUCUAGUGACUGGUGGCUCUGACGGUUCAGUCAGAGUCUGGUCUCUAGAAAAGAUGUGCCCUAUCCAUCGCCUUGCUGCCCAUGACAAUAGCGUCACAAGCUUGCAAUUCGACGAUACUCGAGUUGUUAGCGGAGGAAGCGACGGCCGAGUUAAGAUUUGGGAUCUCAAGACAGGCCACCUGGUGCGCGAGCUGAUUGCUCAGUGCGAAGCGGUUUGGCGAGUUGCUUUUGAGGAUGAAAAGUGUGUCGCAUUGACACUGAGGCAAGGUCGCACAGUAAUGGAGGUUUGGUCAUUCUCUCCUCCCGAAGAGAUGCUUUAUGAUCGCCCUUUUUCGCUUCAGCAGCGUGUCCUUGAAGACGACCCCGACCGCCCAAUGAGCGCCAUGGCGUUUGAUUACCGCGGCAGUGAUGUGUCAAUGGCUGGCCUGGGUCGAGAGGCUUCUCAAGACUUGAGUAUGGUGGACGCUGGCCCGUCGACAGCUCCGCUCCAAGGAGGCAACAUGACUUUUUUCCGCGAAAAUUAA